AGAUCAUUAUCUUUUCACAGAGAAAGAUACGGUAGUAUCAUGGCACCGCAUCGUAUGUGAACACCGAAAAAUUCCGUAAUUAUUUGAUAACUUCAGGAUGCCCGCAGGCGGGGUUAUUUAUGUUAGAACUCUCGUAGGUUGUUUAAACAUUUCGCGCGAGACUUGUUUUUUUAUGCGAGCUGUGAAAGUUACAGCAGUAUUUAGGCGGAUAGACGAAUCAAAUAUUACAGACUAUGGUUUGCUACAUUUAAUACGUUGGGCGGAUACAGAUUAAUUACCUUCGCUGUUAUCUUUGACUUGAACGGUGUUAUUAUAUGUUUUCUCCCCAGCAGUGAGGCUAUAUAUAAGCAAAGUUAUUCCGGUGGGAGUUACCAGAGAAGCAUGAAUCUGAUAUUGCUUCAAUUGGUUAUAAUUAACUUUUGCUUUAUGGAAGGAAUUACCGCAUUAUCGACACAAAGUAAAGAGCUGCAAGUAAAAGUACCGUGCAUAUACGCUCCUGGGUUAACUGUAGGUAAUAGAAGCCGGGAAUUAGAAUGUUGCAAAGAGGCAGUGAAGUCGUAUACGCUUAAUUGGGCGAGCGGUAAAGCGUUUCUCACCAGAUUCUUGGAAAAUUUACAAAGUUGGAACUGUCCGCAGUUUGAAGUACAGUGCAACAAUCGAACAAUGGCUUUUACCCGGUUCGCUGAAUUAGUCUACGCAAGAUUUUGCAACCAAACCGAACUGCUGCAAAAAUGCAAAGGUAACUUAUCUCCAAGCGGAGAAAUAGCGAAUACCACCAACAUGAGCAGUAUGGACGAAUGGAAACAACUAACCGCAAACCAAGCAAUUACAAAUCUCGACGAUCCUUGUGCACAAGUUGCUUUGUAUGAGCAAACGACUUAUAAUGACUACGUAGAGAUAUCGGAGGUUAUGAUCCCCUUCUGUGACAUGGCACACUGUGGUUAUGAUAUUAAUACAAUUCUUAAGCACGAUUUGACAGCGUGGAAGUGUAUGCCGGCCAGUUGUCGGGCGAACAUUAUCAUAGCUAUGGUGGUAGUGGCAAUGCUCGCUGUUGCGGUAACCAUCGCAAAUCUAACCGUUCUCUUCGUCUUGACGAACCACCAGCCGCUACGUAACAGUCAAGCACAUUAUAAAUUAUCACUUGCAGUCGCUGAUCUUUUGGUUGGAAUUCUAAUCUUUCCAACUUGUUUAGUCAGCACUAGUAAACUAUUUAUGCAAAGUCCAGUGAUUGGGAAAACAACUGAAGUGCAAGGUUAUAAUGCUAGUCUCGCAUGGAACUACAGCAGUGUUUCAGAACUUAAGCUUACAACAGUAGCGGUGAGAAACGUUGGUCAAAGUUUUGCCACAAAUUUCCCGAAGAGUUAUAUGAACUUUGUUGGUUUUAUUACCACGAUUUCGUUACUCGUCUCGGUCUAUACCUUAAUGCUGGCAAGCGUAGAUCGGCUUUGGGCAGUUGCUUUUCCAUUUAACUUUCAUAAAGGAAACGCCACUACUUUCUCAAAAUACGCCGUGACAGCUCUGUGGUUUUUCGCGGUCUUGUUCGGAAUAAUGCCCUUUAUCAUACCUGGAAUGCGUUACGGUUUAGUAGCAUCUAUCCUGGUGUCAUUUGGCGGACGACACGCGUUGAUUCUGUAUUCUGUUUCGUUUAUUAUUCCUGUAGUUCUGGUCUGGGGCACAACAGUUGCUACGUUUUGCAUAUCUCGGAACCACUACAAAAUUAGACGAAAGAUAACCCGAAGACAUAAAAAUGCUACAGAUGAAAUAGAGAACAGACUUCUUAAGACUCUUUCCGCCAUGGUUCUAGCUUUUUCAAUCAGUUUAGUCCCAGCCGCUAUAGUUCUGCUGAUUCCACUUUUCGUUGCAAAUAUUUAUUUCUCUCUGCCCCAACUCCUGGAUCCUACCGCUUCUAAGUUUUACUUUUCAGUGGAGUACGUCACAAUUAUUAUUCUUCUCACCAACAGCCUAUGGAACUGCAUCAUCUACAGUUUAAGAAACCGGGAAUUCGCACAGGUUGCGAAAAGGUUAUUUUCCCGCGCCUUGUUAACGAAAUUUUUCUCUGAUACUGAAAGCCACAAAAAACGCAAUCGUGCCCAGUCAUGCAUAACUCUAACAACCGACACGAAACGACCUUCAAUCCCGUCCAUAUUUCACUUAAGCAAAGACAGCCCUGUCUUACAACUAAAAAGCCUCUCCAACUCUCCAAGGAUAGACUCUAGAGAGACAUCGUCUUCUAGAAUUCAUGAGAGCAACGUCGGGCAGAAUGGUACAAAAUUGUGAUAUAAAAAAAAAAGGGGGAACAGAAAAUACUGUUCAAGCAUCAACAAACGCAACAAGCGCUGACUCUCAAAGUUUAUCAGGGGAAAAAAAAAAAAAAAAAACAUGUCUUCGGAACAUACAGAAGACAAAGUCACCAACAAAGUAAUAUACUUGGUAACU